UAUAAAGAGGCCUUAGCUUCAAGCACAGGAUGCAUCACACACACAUCAAACUAUCUCGAGCUAGCUGAGUAGUAAGUCGUUGCCAUGGCCAAGAUGGUGUUGCUCCCCGUGCUCCUCUCCUUCCUCCUCCUGCCCUUCGCCUCCCUCGCUCUGACGCAGGACUUCUGCGUCGCCGACCUGUCCUGCAGCGACACGCCGGCGGGGUACCCGUGCAAGUCCAGCGUCAGCGCCAACGACUUCUACUACCACGGCCUGGCUAGCAAAGGCAAGAUCAACCCCCUCAUCAUGGCCGCCGUGACCCCGGCCUUCGUCGGCCAGUUCCCGGGCGUCAACGGGCUCGGCAUCUCCGCGGCCAGGCUCGACAUGGAGGUGGGCGGCGUCGUGCCGCUGCACACCCACCCGGCCGGCUCCGAGCUCCUCUUCGUCACCCAGGGCACCGUCGCCGCCGGCUUCAUCAGCUCCGGCUCAAACACCCCCUAUACCAAGACACUGUACGCCGGCGACAUCAUGGUGUUCCCCCAGGGCCUGCUCCACUACCAGUACAACGCCGGCACUGGCCCAGCAGUGGCGCUUGUUGCAUUCAGCAGCCCUAACCCCGGCCUGCAGAUCACUGACUUCGCGCUCUUCGCCAACAACCUCCCGUCGGCCGUCGUGGAGAAGGUCACCUUCUUGGACGACGCGACGGUGAAGAAGCUCAAGAGUGUGCUCGGCGGCAGCGGCUAAGUUGUUCUCGGCAAGCUCGUCAAUUGGUCGAUCGUGGUCUUAGUCGUCGUUUCUGCGUAUGCAUGAUUGAACAUGUCGUUAUUUCAUCAGAGUCAUGUGGUCUUUUCAAGUUAUCCUUUGUUCAUGUUGUUUUCAUUCAAGGUUGUCUUCAACAUAGUUGCAAUUUGUUGCAAGGAUGAACACGACCGAUUUGUGGUGAAUAGGACAAUGUUCAGAUUUCAACCAAAAAUUGGCAAGAAUCAGAAUGGGUCCUAUCGGUCACCCCCAUAAA